GGGUAGGGGGGGUGAUUGCAAAUUCUGCCCCAUCCCGGCGGCUUUUUUCCUCUCUGAUUCUUCUCAGGUUUUUUUCCUCCCCCAUCUGCUCGUUUCCCACUUCCCUUUCUCUCCGCCAACAGCCCCCUCCUUCCCUCUCUAAAAAAAAAAAAAAAUAAAAAAAAGGAAUUAAAAAAAAAAAAGGCGAGGGAAAGAAAAAAAAAAAACCCCACAAAAAAACUGUGUAGUCAGGGCUUCCCAAAUGCGCGCCCCCGACCUGGAGCCGAGCGCGCCCCCUCCGUUUGUUCCCCUUCUUGAGGCUGAUUUUCAUGACGUGGAGGAGCCUGAUCCAGGGCAGGAGCGGCAGCGCACACACACACACACACACACACGCAGACACACGGACACACAGACACAGACACGGACACACGGACGCGCACACGCCGCCCGCACCGCGCACGCAGCGCACCCGCGCUCCGCCGCGCCCCGCGCUGCCGCUGCUGCCCGGAGAAGGCGGCGGCGGCGCUGGAGCCUGCAGCAGCCCCUCUCCUCCCUCCUCCAUUGAGUGUGCCAAACAGCAGCUCUGCAUCCUAAAGAAGAUCAUUGAGGGGCUCAUUGCAUUCCCAGCACGUUUCAGGCUUGCUUCUUUUUUUUUUUUUUUUUUCUCCCUUUUUUUUUUUUUUUUUUCCUUUUGCCUCAGCUUCAGCAGGAGUAGAGAGAGAGGGAGAGAGAGCCACAGUGAGGGAGAGGCAGAGAGAAACCAGCAAUCUUUAAACUCGAGCUUUCUUUUUUUACCCCUUCCUUGCUUUUCCAUUUUUUUUCGUUUUUUUUUUUUGGUUUUUUUUUUUUUUUUUUUUUGUAACGAUGUGCUAAAAUCACUCCUGCAAACCGUUUUGUAAACAUCAACAAAUGAUGAAACCUUCCACGGCAGAGACGCUCCAUAAAGGAAGGAUGUUGUGGAUAAUUCUUCUAAGCACAAUUGCUCUAGCAUGGACUACACCCAUUCCCUUGAUAGAGGACUCGGAGGAACUGGAUGAGCCCUGCUUUGAUCCAUGUUACUGUGAAGUGAAGGAGAGCCUUUUCCAUAUACAUUGUGACAACAAGGGAUUUAUAAAUAUUAGCCAGAUAACAGAGUCGUGGUCGAGACCUUUUAAACUUUAUCUGCAGAGGAAUUCCAUGAGGAAAUUGUACACCAACAGUUUUCUUCACUUGAACAAUGCUGUAUCUAUUAACCUUGGGAACAAUGCACUGCAGGACAUUCAGACGGGGGCUUUUAACGGGCUCCGGGUUCUGAAGAGGUUGUAUUUGCACGAAAACAAAUUGGACAUUUUCAGGAACGACACUUUCCUGGGUUUGGAAAGUCUGGAAUAUCUGCAGGCAGAUUACAAUGUCAUUAAACGGAUUGAAAGUGGGGCAUUUCGAAACCUAAGUAAAUUGAGGGUCCUUAUCCUAAAUGACAAUCUCAUCCCCAUGCUUCCCACCAAUUUAUUUAAGUCUGUGUCCUUAACCCACUUGGACUUGCGGGGGAACCGCCUCAAAGUCCUUUCGUACCGCGGGAUGUUGGACCACAUCGGCAGGAGCCUGAUGGAGAUCCAGCUGGAGGAGAACCCGUGGAACUGUACGUGCGAGAUCGUGCAGCUCAAGAGCUGGCUGGAGCGCAUCCCCUACACCGCCCUGGUGGGGGACAUCACCUGCGAGACGCCCUUCCACUUCCACGGGAAGGACCUGCGGGAGAUCAAAAGGAGCAAGCUCUGCCCCAUGCUGUCCGACUCGGAGGUGGAAGCCAGCCUGGGCAUCCCUCAGCUGUCCUCCAGCAAGGAGAACGCCUGGCCCACCAAGCCUUCCUCCAUGCUGUCCUCCUUCCAUUUCACCGCUUCCUCUGUUGAGUACAAAACGUCCAACAAGCAGCCCAAGCCCACCAAGCAGCCCCGGGCGCCCCGGCCUCCCCCGACCCCCCGUGGCCUGUACCCCGGGCCCAACCAGCCGCCCGUGGCUGCCUACCAGACCCGGCCCCCCAUCCCCAUCAUCUGCCCCACCGGCUGCUCUUGCAAUUUGCACAUCAACGACCUGGGCCUGACGGUCAACUGCAAGGAGCGGGGGUUCCACAACAUCUCCGAGCUCCUGCCCAGGCCCUUGAACGCCAAGAAGCUGUACCUGAGCGGGAAUUUGAUCCAGAAAAUCUACCGCUCCGAUUUCUGGAAUUUUUCCUCCUUGGAUCUCUUACACCUGGGGAACAACCGGAUCUCCUACGUGCAGGACGGGGCGUUCAUCAACCUGCCCAACCUCAAGAGCCUGUACCUGAACGGGAACGACAUCGAGCGGCUCACCCCGGGCAUGUUCCGGGGCCUGCAGAGUUUGCAUUACCUGUACUUCGAGUACAACCUGAUCAGGGAAAUCCAGCCGGCGGCCUUCAGCCUCAUGCCCAACCUGAAGCUCCUCUUCCUCAACGACAACCUGCUGCGCACGCUGCCCACCGACGCCUUCGCCGGCACCUCCCUGGCGCGCCUCAACCUGCGCAACAACCACUUCCUGGCGCUGCCGGUGGCCGGGGUGCUGGAGCACCUGCACGCCAUCGUGCAGAUCGACCUGAAGCUCAACCCCUGGGACUGCACCUGCGAGCUGGUGCCGCUCAAGCAGUGGCUGGAGGCGCUCAGCUCCGUCAGCGUGGUGGGCGAGGUGCUGUGCGCCAGCCCCGAGCCGCUGGCCCGCCGCGACCUGCGCUCGCUGGAGCUGGCCGCGCUGUGCCCCGCCGCGCUGCGCCCCGCCGCCGCCGCCGCCGCCUCGCCCCCCGCCGCCGCCGCUCCUCCGCCGCCCUCCGCCACCGGCGCGGCCGCCUACGAGCUGCCCCCGGCCGCCGCGGCCGUGCCGCUCUCCGUGCUCAUCCUCAGCCUGCUCGUCCUCUUCUUCUCCGCCGUGCUGGUGGCCGCCGGGCUCUUCGCCUUCGUGCUGCGGCGCCGCCGGAGGAAGCUGCCGUUCCGCGGCCCGCGGGCGGAGGCGGCGGACCUGGGCGCGGUGCCGCUGCGCUGCCCGCGGCUCUUCCCCGAGGGCGGCGGCGGCGGCGGCGGCGGCGGCGGCGGCGGCGGGGGGGGCCCCGGGGAGCGCUCCCCGGAGAAAGCGCCCCCGGCGGGCCACGUCUACGACUACAUCCCGCACCCGGUGACCCAGAUGUGCAACAACCCCAUCUACAAGCCGCGGGAGGAGGAGGAGGCGGCGGGCGGCGGCGGCGGCGAGGCGGCCGAGCUGCUGCGGGGCGGCGGCGGCGAGCGCGGCUUCGCGCACCCCGCUGCCCCCGCCGCCGCCACGGAGCCGGGCAGCAGCUACCGCACCUUGCUGGAGAAGGAGCAGGAGUGGAGCCUGGCCGUGUCCAGCUCGCAGCUCAACACCAUCGUGGCCGUGCACCCCCAGCACCCCGCGGGCGGAGGGCUGGCGGCGGCGGCGGCGGCGGCGGCGGCGGGGGGAAUCCCGCGGGACCGCGACCGCCCGCCGCCCUGCGCCGUGGGCUUCGUGGACUGCCUGUACGGCACCGUGCCCAAGCUGAAGGAACUGCACGUCCACCCCCCCGGCAUGCAAUACCCGGACCUGCAGCAGGACGCCAGGCUGAAGGAGACGCUGCUCUUCGCGGCCGGCAAGGGCUUCCCGGACCACCAAACCCCCACAAGCGAAUACCUCGAGUUAAGGGCCAAACUCCAAACCAAGCCGGAUUACCUCGAAGUCCUGGAGAAGACCACGUACCGGUUCUGACCGCCGCCCCGCCGCCCGGCCGGCCCCGCCGCCCGCGAGCAGAGGAUACAGCUGUGCGCUCUGCCCCGCCAGAUGUGCGCGCUGC